UCGAGCCAUUGCUGGUACCAUCGGCGUUUCGGCAACCAGUCGACGAAGUGCCGCUCCCCGUGUUCGUUUCACUCGGGAAACGAACCAAGCAGUCAGUGAAGGCGGCAACGCGUGACUGUAAUAGUGUAGCUGGUGGCCGCGUUUUCAUAACGGACUGUAAGACUAAAGUGCAGUAUUUAAUAGAUACAGGUUCUGACCUUUGUGUAUAUCCACAUAAUUAUAUUCGAGAUAGGAAGUGUAUAAAGACAGACUAUCAGCUGUUCGCAGCCAAUGGGUCCACAAUAAAUACUUUCGGCUGGGUGAACCUUUCCUUAGACUUUGGACUCAGGCGUGCUUUUACGUGGCGUUUUGUCAUAGCUGACGUCACUAAACCUAUUAUAGGCAUAGACUUUUUAUCGCAUUAUAAUUUGCUUGUGGACGCUAGACACCAUCGCUUAAUAGACAAUAUUACUUCACUAAGUGCUCUUGCUAAACCUGCAUCACAUGUUGUGUGCCAAAUUAAAUCUUUUACAGGUACUUCGCGAUACCAUGACCUGUUUUCACAGUUUCCGGAUCUCACUAGACCCGCUGGAGACCUGUCUCCGCGUGAGGUCAAGCACAACACACUCCACUACAUACGCACGACUUCCGGACCUCCUGUAUACAGCCGUCCUCGUCGUUUAGCACCGGAUAGACUCCGGAUUGCUAUCAAGGAGUUUGAGGAUAUGGUAAGAGCAGGUAUCGCAAGGCGAUCCGAUAGCCCGUGGUCGUCCCCGUUACAUCUCGUGCCAAAGAAAAACAAUGAGUGGCGGCCAUGCGGAGAUUACCGUGCACUUAACGCGCGCACAAUACCUGAUCGAUACCCAGUCCGCCAUAUAGGUGAUAUAGCGCAUAAUCUUGCCGGCUGCACAGUGUUUAGUAAAAUUGACCUAAUCCGGGCGUAUAAUCAGAUCCCAGUCAACAUUGCUGAUAUACCUAAGACUGCUAUAACUACCCCGUUCGGAAUGUUUGAGUUUCCAUAUAUGAGUUUUGGUCUACGCAAUGCUGCUCAAACAUUCCAACGCUUUAUAGAUGAGAUACUCAAAGGUUUAGACUUCUGUUUUCCUUAUAUUGAUGACAUCCUUGUGGCCUCUCAGGACGAGACGCAGCACCGUGAACACCUGAAGCAAAUCUUUCAGCGUUUACAGGACCACGGUGUCGUGAUCAACGCUUCGAAAUCCGUAUUAGGGGAGCCACAGGUGGAGUUUCUGGGGUACGUCGUCUCUGCAGAAGGUACGAGGCCGCAUCCUCAAAAGGUGGAAGCCAUACAAAAAUUCUCGCAACCCAAGACCAUCAGGGAACUACGAAGAUUUCUGGGUGAAGACAACGUGGUAGCCGAUGCUCUCUCACGCACGGAUGCAAUUACCACCGCCAUCGACUUGGACGCAUUAGCUUUAUCGCAAGCGAAUGACGACGAGCUCCAAGGAAUUUUAAGAAGCAAUACUUCUUGUCUGGACCUCCAGAGAUUAGACAUUUCUGGUUCCGCCGUGGACAGAUUCACUCGUUGGCCAGAGGUAAUACCACUCUCCGACAUCAAAGCUGACACAGUGGCAAAUGCUUUUGUUGCUGGUUGGAUUUCACGUUUUGGCUGUCCCGAGAAGAUAACAACGGAUCGAGGAAAACAAUUUGAGGCAUUUUUAUUUAAGGAACUUUCGAAGCUGAUAGGUGUCAAUCAUAUACAGACCACAGCAUACCAUCCCGCUGCGAAUGGAAUGGUCGAACGGUUCCAUCGGCAACUCAAGGCGGCGAUAAUGUGCCACAAUGACGAAAACUGGGUUGAAGUACUUCCGCUAGUUCUUUUAGGAAUUCGUUCAGCAUGGAAGGAGGACAUAAGCACGUCAUCAGCUGAACUAGUGUAUGGAGAGCCCUUACGAUUACCUGGCACAUUUUUCAACAACUGUCCCACUGAAAUCGUGGAUUGCACAGAUUUUCUCGCACGACUACGAGAAAACAUUCGGAAACUUAAACCUACACCAGUUGUUCACCAUGGCAGAACUCCUGUUUUCAUCAGCAAGGACUUGCGAUCUGCUCUACAAGUUUUUAUACGGCAAGAUUUCGUUCGCAAGCCUUUACAGGCACCGUACGCUGGACCAUAUACCGUCAUCGAACGAGGAGACAAAUUCUUCAAGAUCGACAUUCGGGGGAAACCUACCACCGUUUCGAUAGACAGAUUAAAACCAGCGUACAUACUGAGUGACCAAGCGCCGCGCACGGAAGUUGGGAUGAAACAGAUAGAGGAUACAGUUAGAAGUAAUGAAGAUCGCCGUACUCGAUCAGGUCGAAGAGUACAUUUUCCCGACGUUUUUCGACCUUAA